GGAGCGGCAGCGGCAACAGCAGCACACUGACCAUACAAUAAUACAAAAAGGGUCAAAAACCACCUUACACGGAGAAAGGGAGACACAAGGAAAAACACCUAUCGAUCUAUCAUCUGAAUCAAUCAAUGGAGUCCAUAGGUGUCCUGAUGACCUGCCCACCAUUUGAUCCUUACCUCGUCGAACAACUUGAGAAACGCUUCACUCUUAUCAAAUUCCAUUCCAUUCCUGACAAAGCCCACUUCCUCAAUUCCAACAAAGCCUCCAUCCGCGCGGUCGUUGGCAACGCCAGUGCAGGCGCAGACGCACAGCUCAUCCACCAGUUGCCCAACCUCGAAAUCGUGUCCAGUUUCAGUGUUGGACUCGACAAGAUUGACCUGGCCAAGUGUAGAGAGAGAGGUAUCAGGGUCACUAAUACCCCUGAUGUUUUGACCGAUGAUGUUGCUGAUUUGGCUAUUGGGUUGAUGUUGGCUGUCUUGAGGAGGCUUUGUCAGAGUGAUCGCUAUGUUAGGAGUGGUCAGUGGAAAAGGGGUGAAUACAAGUUGACCACUAAGUUUACUGGGAAGUCAGUUGGCAUUAUUGGGUUGGGCAGGAUUGGCCUGGCGAUUGCCAAGAGAGCUGAAGCAUUUAGUUGCCCAAUUAGUUACCACACUAGAGCAGAGAAAUCAGAUGUGAAAUUCAAGUACUAUCCUAGUGUUGUUGAGCUGGCUGCCAACUGUCAAAUUCUCGUUGUUGCAUGCGCAUUAACUGAAGAAACUCGCCACAUUAUCAAUCGUGAAGUCAUCAAUGCAUUGGGUCCAAAGGGUGUCCUUAUCAAUAUCGGUAGAGGUCCUCAUGUUGAUGAACCUGAGCUGGUUUCUGCACUAGUUGAAGGCCGGUUAGGCGGUGCUGGGCUCGACGUGUUUCAAGAUGAACCUAAUGUACCCGAGGAACUCUUUGGGCUUGAAAAUGUAGUCCUCUUGCCUCAUGUAGGGAGUGGCACCAUGGAAACCAGGAAAGAAAUGGCUGACCUUGUUGUUGGCAAUUUGGAGGCGCACUUCUUAAACAAACCAUUGUUAACUCCCGUGCUUUGAUUUUGAGGUGGAGAUAUUUGGAUGCAAGUUUGUUUGGUGGCCUCACCUUGCUUCCGGAGCUGUCUAUUUUGCUUCAUUUAGAUCAUUGUUCCCUGGCCUAAGCAAAGGAUGAAUUGAAUAUAAGAAAAUGUUUUCGUUGUUAAAACUUUGUAUGAUUAUAAUAAACAACAAUUAUCAUUA